AUGCUUUGUGCUGCAUUUUUUAUUAUAGGCCUGGCUGGUUAUGUAGAAAAAGCCUUCGCCGUGGACGUCGGUGGCAUUUCUGCCAUACGUUUUGCUUCUGGUUCCGGCCUGUUUCCUUUGGGUCGUGAUGGAAUAGUCGAAGUCAAGUACUUUAAUGAAUGGUCGUCCAUUUGUAACUUUGGUUUCGACCACGUGGCUGCGUCCACGGCUUGUUACAUGAUGGGAUACCCUCCUUUCGGCGUUCCGAUCUUAAACAGGAAUGCCAAGAGCCUUUACCCAACCAAACUAUCCAGCUUUAAUUGUACUGGUCGCGUAACACUUGGACCGAAUCCACCAGAACCCCUCUCAGUCCACCUGGGUAAGUGCGAGUUCACGUCCGAGGCACCCAGUGCGUGUGAAGGUCACAAGCGUGAUGUUGCCAUCGCUUGUCUAGAACCCCGUUCAAUUGAAAGCACAGAUUUACCUCCGCCAGUGAAAUUCGCUCCAGUAACUUGUCCUGGUAACUCCAGUGAGAUUCGUCUAACUAAUUUUGGCCCUACUGCCGGCCGUGUCGAAGUUAAGCAUCCGGAGACUGGCAUAUGGGGUACUAUCUGUGCUGACGGAUUCGGAACAAACGAGGCCAAAGCGGUAUGCAGGAUGCUCUGUUCAAGCAGUGACGAUCUAGCGUACGCCCACGCCCUCAUCAAUGCCUUCCCGGGCGACUCGCCAACAACCCUUCCUAUUCACCUGGCUCGCGUCUCCUGUCCCGCCGGUGCUGAGUCUCUGAAUGACUGCAGUCUGGGCGAGGGCUGGGGCUCGGUUCGCGGCUGCACCCACGACCUUGAUGUCGGCGUGGUCUGUGGACCGGAACUGCUUGCUCCGAAAAUGCCCAUUGAGACCAGCCUCUCGUGUGAAGGCGAGACAGCCACGAUUCGAUUCAAAGCCGACCAGAUGGGUGAUCUCUCGUCACAGAUGAUCCACCUCAAUCGCAGCCUGCCCUUCGGUUGCGAAUUCGACAUUGUCCGUGAGGGUGCCGAGGUGAUUGUCUCCUUCCCCAUGGAAAGAUGCGGUGGAACCUACGAACGGAGUAACUCGACGACCCUGGCAAUUCACCUCUCACUGAUGUUCAAUCGGACACAGCCGUUUGUGCUGCCGGUCACGUGUUUCCUGGAACGAACGGACUCCGUGCAGUCGGACGUCCAGGCGGUGGCAACAAGCGUGCUCCCCCCCGUCGAAGCCACUCGCACCUCACCCACCGAGAUAGCCUUCUACUCGGAUCGCCUCUUCCAGAGGCGCAUAAGCGAUCGUCUGAACAUCCUCCCGCAUCGCAGGGUGUUCGCGCUGGUUUCGCUAAAACGUGCCGAGUGGAACAGCAAACUUGUUCUUCGCAACUGUUGGCUCUCCGCCAAUGAAACCGGCGCUGGACGCAUCGCGGUUAUCAAAGAUGGGUGUCCGGCGAAUGCUCAAAUUCACCUGCAUCCUGUCUCUCGCAACGCCAUCGGCUUCUCCUUUGAGACUGCCUACUUCAGAAACACCUCACGGAAACUCAACGGCGGUCGGCUACUCCAGCUAUUCGUUUCUUGUCAGACACGCCUGUGCCAGACCUACGAGACGGACCGCGAAUGCAUGCAAAACUAUCGUGUCUGA